AAUCCCUGUGAUGUCACCAGUGUUGUAGUGACAACCAGUUCCCUAAUUUUUCUCUCUUAGUGUCCAAAGGAUAUAUCCACAGGCAUGUUUGCCCGUCUUCGCGGGCGCUUUGGGAGAGUUGAUUUUGAUGGAGAAGAGUCUAGAGUGAAGCAAACGAAACCUAAAAGUAAUGAUGGACACAGGACGUGGUCAUGUGGAAUGUGGAAGGCCUGCAGACAGACGUCAUCCCCUGAAACUGUCCUAAACAAGGUGCAGGGCAACGAGGAAGAGGAGAGGCUGAUUAGAGAGCUCGAGCUAACUACCAAGGAGAGAAAUGAGCUGAAUGAUCGCCUCCUUUAUGUGACAGAUGUAUCCAUGAACAAGAGCCCCUACUUCAGGCCAAAUCCAUUUUAUGAAAAAUUGAAGAUAAAGGAGAAAGAGGUCAUGUCAUUACUGCACAACUUAGAGAUAAAGAACACUGAACAUUGUCAGAAAUUUCAGGAGCUCAAGAAGGAGAUUAACUUCUAUCGCAACCUGCAGAGCCGGCUCCUGAUGGACCAGGCAUGCAUGAAGAAGAAGUUGGUCACAUUGAAGCAGGAGAGCAAGGAGGUACAGCGGUACUUGUUUGAGUUGAACCCGAAUGAUGAAGACGAACAGGAGAAGACCAGCAUCCUCCAGACCCAGCAAAAUUUGGUAGGAACAAGCAGCUGCGUCAGAUUAACAAUGUCUGAUACCAUUUGCCUAUUUGAUACAUCUUUGCUUUCCCCUAUCAUCUUUCUAAUCUCUCACACCCAAUCAGUCAACCACCUCCUGUGAUACAGUUAUUCAUUGCUCUGUCUAUGCACAGUAUUCUGGGAAGUUAACCACUUUUCAGAAACUGAAUUACUGGCAAGUAUACUUUUCUGCUCUUUUUGAAACUGCAGUCCAGAAAUGGUGACAGAGGAAUAGCAUAUCACAUUACUGCAUCUCCCUGUGAUAGAUUGGAUGCUAUGAAGAGUUUUGAACAAGUUCUUGGUCGUGUUACAAAGGUCAUACAGGGGUCAUGUGAUGGUUGGAAGCACCUUGCAGGGAUAAGAACCAAGUGCAAAUGGCAAAUGAGUCCUUGUCAUUGGCUUUGAUCUGGCUAUCCUGUGCCCUUCUCCUUUCUUCCUGCAACCCAAUUAGUUCUCUUCCUGUUUCCCCGUUCUUGGUUUGCACUGGUAGAAGUCUGACUAGCAGCUUGUUAUCCCACAUUACUGUGAGGGUUGCUGGUGAUUUUCCCCAGGCUGCAGAGAUAUUAGCAAUGAUUUCAGUUAAAAGAUCAAUGUUUUCUGCCUAAUGCAGCUGAAGGGAGAGAAGGCAGCAACUUGACAGCUGGCAAGCGUGUCCCCACCAAAUCAGCGUCUUAAUAGCUGCCUUCUUCUCCCAGGUCUCAGAGAUGCAGGAGAGAUGGAAUAGGACACAUCCCAGGAAGACGGCCACCUGAAGAAUGAGUUUCUUUCUCAGGAGUUCCCUGCUGACGACCAUCGUCAAGUGCCAAAGCCUUUUUUGGGUGAAUGUUCCUCAUCUCAGUUAAUUUUUUCAAUGGUUAGAGACCCUAAAUUUAUCUAUCAGUAUGCCAGCCUGUCUGACUGAGGUCUUCAUCCCUUUCUCAUAUCCACAACACCGUUUGAGAGACAACUGAGGGGACUUCCUUGACAUCUCGUGUCCUACAACAGAAACAGCAGUACAAUUGUUCUUCUAAAUGUCCAUCAUAAAACGUUAAGAAACAUUUUUGGUUAUGAUUUUCAUUGAAGUUUGAUUUUUGUUGUUUCAUAGUUAUAUAUUCCUGUUACUUUUUUUCAUUUUUGAUAACACUUUAGUUGUUCAUUAAGACUGUUUUUUGUUAAUUGUAUUCCUUAUGAAUAAAAAUUGAUUUGGAACUCUUGACUCUUAA